AUGGAUACUAGAAAGCUUUCUGAGUGUGAAUUGGAUGAUGUCUACAAGUUCCAUAGAAAAGAUGCACAGAAAAUGACAAGGAUAGCAUCCCAAUACUCAAGAGCAGCCAAUGAUGCAUAUCAAAGAGGUGAUUGUGUUUCCGGUUAUCAUUACUCGUUGAUGGCUCGAGAAGCACAAUUCGUUGCUGACUGUCUCAACGCUAAGGCAGCCACGAAAAUAUUCAAGUAUGUGAAUAGCACAGAAGACUUAUGGAAAUUGGAUUUGCAUGGUCUUCAUGCAAAUGAAGCCAUUCAAGCUUUGCAUUGCCGUCUGCAACAAAUUGAACUAUCAGGGCAGAGGCCAAAAACCAUUAGAGGUCAUCACGGGUAG